AACAAAGCUACUGAAACGAAAUAUAUUUGUUAUGAGAAAUGUGAGGGAACAAAUUCGCAGUUGUUGUUACAUUUACACAUUAAAAUCUAGAUCUAGAUAUAGAUCUAGACCUAGAUUCUAGAUUAGAUCUACUUGAAAGUAGGCUACCAGUCUUUGAAAGUCUUAGACUUUUGCACUUUGGCUGGUCUUUGGGCUUGGGAGAUUUACAUCACUUCAAUUUUCUUAUCGAGUUGAGAUGAUGCCUGUCGCAGAGGAUUUUGAAGAUGAAUUUCCAGAAGCACACAUUGACUACAAGCAGAAGUACAAAGCUCUCAAGAAAAAGCUCCGGUUACUAGUUUAUGAGCAGGAAUGCUUUCUUGAAGAGCUUCGCAAGGCACAGAGAAAGCUUCUGAAGGUGUCCCGAGACAGGAGUUUUCUGCUGGACCGGCUGUUACAGCAGGAGAAAAUCGAGGACUCGUCGGAAGAGUCUGAUGCGACAAACUCCACAGACACGGAGGAGGGAGGUCACAGGGAGGCCGGGCCCGCCAAAAAGCGGAAGUUGGCAGCAGCAAGCACGGGUUCUACAGAAGCAACACACGUCCCACCGACCGCGGCCAAGCACCAAGUGCAAGGAGCCGGGACGUCGGAGCCUCAGGCCAGCAAGAAAAAGAGCAAGACGUCGGGAAAGAAAAGCAGCAAAUCCAGUGGUCAGAAAUCCAGCUCAGUGAAACUAGAGUCCCCGGGACAUAUGACACGGGAAGAGCUGGAGCGUCAUUUGGAGUCCAAGCAGCAUGAGUUCAGUAUUGAGAAGGCCACAGCCUCACUGCCCAUGGAGAUCUUCAGCAACGAUACAAACCACGACAGUGAUGGUGGUGCUGAGGCUGGCGGGGAAGAAGAGGAAGACGACCUCGUUAUCGACGUUCCACACUAGCAGCGUCAUUCACGACUUGUUUUCUUACGAGAUUCAUUGUUUUAUUUAUCAUUAUGCCAUUUGUACACUUUUUCAUUUUGACAUUUAUUUACAUAUCUGACCAGGUCAGUGUCUUUCUGGGUCAUCUAUAAUGGAAGUUGAGAAAGAGGGGAAAAGGGAUGGAUAUGAAACCUAGUCUUCUUAGUAGCCAAAAGGAGAAACUGAAGGGAAAAAAAUGAUUUCAGUGUUGUAUUGUUGUUUGACCGAUAAUUAAUGUUCACCUAAUUGCGGUUGAGUUUUCUUGUAGUUUUUUUUUUUUUUUUUACUUUGUUUAAAAUUGUGUUUUGAAUAAACAAGGGGGUCAUUAUCGCAUAUUGUGCGUCUUUAUGGGGUACAUGACUACACUGCCGUAAACUGACAAAACGCCUUUUUUUCAUUUUGGUGCCAAAAUUUUUAAUUUGCUAAAUCAAAAGCCUGAUCAGUCACCCUACUUGUGUGAAAAAAUCAAAGUGAAACUGUGACAAGUUUUUAAAAUAAAUUUGAAUUCAAAUUUCGAAAGAACUUUAUUAUACAAUGGUUACUCUGACAAAGAACCUCUUUAUCUUGAAACUGCUGUGAAUACAAAAAAGGGCGUUUUCGUCAGCUUAUGGCAGUACAGGUAAACACGAUUAUUUUCUUCUAGGUUCACAGCAUAUGUAACCUACAGAGCAUUUUGACUGAGGUUCAUGACUGGACUUUGCAAUUUUGUGUUUUCCUAGAAUUUUGUGUUUUCCUAGAAUUUUGUAAACUUCUUGUUGAAAGGGACUGAUGACUCAAUGACUGUUGAUAGCCAUUACACUUUUCAUUAUUAAAAUGUGCUCUGUAAGGCCAAACUUUGUUUCUAUUGUUGGUUAAUGGUGAGCACUCUCAGUGAAAUUUCUUUUGAGUUCUUUUUUCUCGCUUUGGUGAGCGAGAACUCUUUCUGAUCUUUGCCCUCCACUUACGUGUGUUUUCAUCAUUUUAUAACAAAUCAUUUUUGUAUUCUGCAGCAGUUUCCCAUCUCUUUGGUGGGUGGUUGGCGGGUGGUACUCUGGUGUGGUUUGCUCCUUCUUUCCUAUCAAACAUCUAUCGUCCUUAUCUCUUCUCCUUUUUUGUGUAUGCUGUUACUCUCUUGUAGCACAUCCAUUUUUCGGCACUUAUAUGACCUUAUUAUUGUGUUGCAAGUGCCGUAAAACUCUUACUACAACUAAACUCAUCUCUUUGUUCUUUUGUCUCAUUUUUCGAACAUGAGGUAUCACAAUUUGGGAACAACAAGAUUAAAAACUGAAAAUAGAUGAUCACGUGUUUUAUGAUUCCAUUCUUUGUAUCCGAGUUCCUGUAUGCAUAUUUUUUUUCUUUCUCAGAUUCCAUGUGUGUGAAAUUUAUAUUUGAAAAGUCACUGCAGAACUUAUUAAUUUCUAGUAUGUUAUUUGAUCAUUCCCGUAUUUCUUAAACUGAAAACGUAUUUUAAAAUUCUUCUUCUCUUGGUUCAGGCCAGGGGUGAAUUUUUGCUCACAUUUGAAAAGUUUGCUGAGCAAUUUCCCAGUAUUUUCACGCUGACACACAAAUCUCAGACUUGAUUCUGUUGUUUCUUAUGGUGUUAUUAUUAUGUCUGAGACGAACAAUAAACACUGCCAUUUUGAAUACUUUUUAA